AUGUUCCAACAAUUCUUCUUAUUAUCCUCUUGCAUUUUGGGUCUCAAUUAUGCGGCAGAUUUUGAGGUAAAUAACAAUUUUCUCGAAAUAUUACCGAAAACAAAUUUUUUUUCAAGAAAACAGCAAUUUGCGAUGGUUUGCUGGAAAAACCAGGUCUCAAUAUUUUGAAUCCAAUGGAAAGCAAAACAUCGGAGAAGGGUUCGACAGUGAUUUUGCAGUGCGAGUUCGGCGCAACUCCACAGGUUUGUACUUAAGAUUGUUGUCAACAAGCGAUUGCACUUUUCAAUAGAUAUUUUAUUUCCAGGAAAAUUUUUUCAUAUUUUUUGGAUAAACAGAAAUGAGUAAUCCAAAAAAGGGGAUUUGUUGUGGGAAAAUUUGCAUGAAUGAGGAGAAAAUUAUGAAAAGAAAAACGAAAUGAAUUAGAUUAACUUGAAAUAAUGUGGGGUUUUUGAAUAUUCGAAAUUUUGGUCCAUGGGUGACUGGUUCAAAUCCGAUAAGCUCAAUAGUAGUAUAAUCGGGAUAAGGAAUAAUUAUAAGUAUCAUGUGGAAAUACAUCAUCGUGGAUUUAACAAAGAACAAGCAGCUAAUGAUAAAACGUGAAAAAGGUUCGAAGAAAUUUUGUCAUCCUAAGCCUGCUGAUAAAAGUUUUCUUAUUAGAAUUAGUUUUAGUAGUUCUCUGUCUAGUCUAGAAAAAUUAUUACUCCCUCUGAACAUUUUCCAUAAGACUAGUUUUCAGACAAAAGAAGCCAUCUGUCCUACUUGUUUUUUUUAUCAAUUUUCUCUAUUUCAGGCUACAAUAACCUGGUUCCACCGAGGAAAAAAGAUCGAAAAGCAUCGAGCGGCGAAUCUCGAAUCAUUAUUGAUGAAAAAUCAAAUUGGAACAUCAGUACUCCUCUCGAAAUAUCGAAUCGAUUGUUUAGACGAAUCAACAGCUGGCGAAUAUUACUGUCAAGCGACUUCACCGUGUUCUGAACCUGUAGUUUCGACAGCAUUGGUAACAAUCGAUAGAACAAAACCGACAGGUUUGAAAAGAUUUGAACAAGUACAUUAUCAACGAAAGAACUUAUAGAAAAUUCAUGCAAACUUCGUCGUAAUGCGUCAAACUCUCUUUCUCCCCCAAUCAUCACAUUUUUCACAUCAAGUCGAGUCGAAACUCCAGAAGGAGUUGUUCAAUUAGCAUGUCGAGCUGAAGGAAAUCCGAAACCAAAAAUCAAUUGGAGUUUUGUCAACGAAGAUGACUCGUUGACACCAGUCGAUCUCACCCUACCGGAAUAUAUGGUAAGGAAUGGAACUUGGUUACUAAUUCUGAUCAGACCAUCUUUGUUAUUUAUUGAAAAAAAUUCGGAAUCAGUUUCUGAAGUGGCCUGAAGCUAUCGAACCUUUAAAUGGAAUGUUUUCGAUAUUAUUUUGUAAUUCAAAAAAUUUCAAAUUAAAAUACAAUAUGAUCCUAAUUAAAUUUCAAAAUAAUGCAUCUCACAUUUACAGCAACUUCAAAACGGAGAUUUACUAACUGUGGCUGAUGAAACAAAAGUCGGUGCACCAUUGAGAUGCACGGCAACAAAUCAACUCGGAACAGCUUACGAGGAAGCCUUCGCUUUUUUCAUGGAACCCUAA